AUUAAUAGUAUCCAUGUAGGAUCAGAUACAGUACUAGACGAUGGGGAGGGAGGAAAUGAGGCUGUUCCUUUUGUAGCAGAAAAUGCUACAGCUCCUCUGUGCUAUAGGGCAAAUUCAAUUUGUUGCUACUUACCUCCCAGACAUCCCAGAAGAUUUCUUCUUGCAGUGGCAUGAAGAAUAAAGAUGCAACGAAGAAAGACCAGAGAAGAUGACAACUUAAUUACAGAAGAACACGAUCUCAAAGAAACCAAUUAUGGGAGCUUAAGGAAGAAUCCUGAGCCAAAAAUAAAGGAGUACAUUUAUGAAACCCUGGCUUUUGGUUCUGACAAGAAUGUAAAGUUGUCCAGUUACGAAAGCCUAGGUGGCAGCUCUGAGCAGAACUCAAAGGAUGCUAACCAGUCCAAGAGAAAGAAUGUAGAGGGUGACAGAUACGGGAGGCUAUCCAUGAGCAACCUUAAGGUCCCACAGUGGAAUAAGGGCUGCCUUGUAAACAGCACUGCAAACUUCUUCAGUGAUGAAAAAACCAGGAUAGACUUUAUCCUUGUAUGGGAAUCAGAUUGCCAGAAUCUGGAGGGCCAAAAUGAAGAGAGUGAUAAUCCAAAAUCCAGACAAAAGAGAUCAAUUGAAAUGCACAAAGAAUGGCGGGAAAAUUUUCUGCAUAAACUCCAGAUGGCAGGAAUCAGAAUGGAAAAGCAUGUAGCCCAACAUACAAAGAAACUGGUCCACUUUAUAUUACUGAAUGCUCCCUGGAGUGUGCAGUGUUAUUACGCUGAGGAUCUCAGGCUCAGAGUUCCCUUGCAGGCUGUGCCCAAUGAACCUGGAACUAACUGGUCUCACAGGAUUCUGAUGAAACUGGGCAUCCCUAAUUUACUUCAUGAUGAGGUUCCUGACAUUCCCUUGGAUUACUAUACCUGUCAUUUUAAAGCAAACAAGUUACCCUGGUUCCUUGGGAGUGAUCACCAUGAGACCUUCUUCAGCAGCACACAACGGCAUAGAAUACUGUAUGAGAUCCUGUCCACUACCUCAUAUGGCAACCCAAAGGCAGGGCAGGUUGGAAUAGAAAGGCUGCUGAGCGAGGAAGUCUUCACAGCUGCAUUUCCACUACAUGAUGGCCCAUACAAGAUACCAACAGAGGAAGAGCCCAUGAUUCUCCUUAAUCAGAGGCAGAUUCUUUUCCAUUAUUGGGCUCGGUGGAGUAAGUGGAAGAAAUACCAGCCUUUGAAUCACAUCCGCAGGUACUUUGGAGAGAAGAUUGCUCUCUACUUUGCCUGGCUUGGUUUCUACACAGCAUGGCUUCUUCCAGCAGCUGUAGUGGGGACACUAGUUUUCAUAAUUGGCAUUUUUAUGAUGUUUCAUGACAUUCCAACACAGGAGAUCUGUAGCAGUGAUGACAAAUACAAGAUGUGCCCACUUUGCAAAGUCUGCCCUUAUUGGAACCUGUCUACUAUCUGCCCUAUGUUUCAGGCUGGUCGUCUCUUUGAUCAUGGUGGCACUGUGUUCUUCAGCAUCUUCAUGUCUCUGUGGGCAGUCACAUUUCUUGAGUACUGGAAGCGAGUGAAUGCUACCCUGACAUAUCGCUGGGACUGUUCAGACUUUGAGGAUAUUGAGGAACGUCCACGACCCCAGUUCUCUGCCAUGGCUCCCAUGACAACUAUAAAUCCAAUUACUGGACAGGAGGAGGCCUAUUUCCCAAAGCGGAAUCGAUUCAAUAGAAUCAUCGCUGGAUCAAUGGUCAUCAUCAUGAUGAUUGUUGUGGUAAUGAUGUUCCUGAUUUCCAUUAUCCUUUACCGGGCCAUAAUUGCUGUAGUCGUAUCCAAGUCUGGAAAUUUCCUAAUUGUAGCUUCGGCUUCUCGUAUUGCCAGCCUGACGGGCUCAGUAGUUAAUCUCAUUUUCAUCCUCCUCCUCUCAAAAAUUUACAUUGCUCUGGCACUUUUUCUUACAAAGUGGGAGAUGCAUCGCACCCAGACCAUGUUUGAAGAUGCCUUCACUUUUAAAGUCUUUGUCUUUGAGUUCAUCAAUUUCUAUUCCUCUCCCAUCUACAUUGCCUUCUUUAAGGGCAAGUUUGUUGGUUAUCCAGGCCACUAUGACAAAUUACUGGGUAUCCGCAAUGAGGAUUGUGGUCCAGGUGGCUGCCUCAUUGAACUUGCUCAGGAGCUCCUUGUCAUCAUGGUGGGAAAGCAAAUAAUUAACAACAUCCAAGAAAUCCUCAUCCCGAAGUUGAAAACAUGGUGGCACAAGCGAGAUCUCUGUGAAGGCAGUAAGGCAGGCCAAGAAAACUUCACAAAGCCACUCUGGGAGAGUGAUUAUAAACUGCUGCCCUAUGAUGGGCUCUUCGAUGAAUACUUGGAAAUGGUUCUGCAAUUUGGCUUUAUUACUAUCUUUGUUGCUGCCUGCCCCCUGGCCCCUCUUUUUGCUUUACUCAACAACUGGGUGGAAAUUCGUUUGGAUGCUCAGAAGUUUGUUUGUGAAUAUCGACGCCCAGUUACAGAGCGGGCCCAAGGCAUUGGCAUCUGGUUUCAUAUCCUGGAGGUCAUCACACACUUUGCAGUUAUUAGCAAUGCCUUCCUGAUUGCCUUCACUUCCGACUUUCUUCCUCGGCUCUAUUACCAGUACACACGUGCUAGCAAUCUACAGGGCUAUGUUGACUUCACCCUGGCCUAUGCCCCUAAAUCUUUUGUCUUGGAGCACAAUGUCACAUGCAGGUACCGAGCCUACAGAGAACAAAAUGGCAGGUAUUCACUAUCUUAUUGGAAUCUACUGGCAAUCCGACUUGGCUUCAUAAUUGUGUUUGAGCAUGUGGUUUUUUUCAUUGCACGUAUGAUUGAUAUGAUGGUACCAGACAUCCCAGAAGCAGUGGCAAUAAAGGUGAAGCGAGAACAGUAUCUUGCUAAACAAGCCCUGGCUGAGAAUAAGGCUCUCAUUGAAGUGAUAGAUGUUGUUAAUCCAACCCCUCUCACGGAGAAGGUAUCAAAAUAUGCAUCUCAAGAUCUGGAAGAAUUUGAUCGAGAUCAGUUUAUCAAGCUUCCACAAGAGUAAACUUUAUGGAGAAGCACCAUGUAAGCUGGCACACCAUGGACAUGGAACUGUUAAACAUGUAUCAUACUGCAGAUGUAGAAUGUGCCUCAAAUCUUUAAAGCCUCAGGAAUUUCAUCCAUAUUUACCAAUGUAGCUAUUUUAUGGUUCUUAUAGAGACACAGUACACAGAAAAUUACAAGACGUACAUAAGAGUUUUCAAUCUGCUUCUCCCCUACCACAAAGGUGAUUUCUAAACAUAGUGAAAUUCAGCAGUUGACUAGUACUAUACUCAGCUGUUAAUUACCAUAGUACAGGAGUCUCUGGGUUUAGAUGCAAUACAUUUUCCAAAUAGUAAGAAUCUGUUAACACUAGAAUGGCUCAUACUGGCUUGCUUUCUUUAGUAUUUUGGGAGUUGUACUUAAGGCAGAUUAUUGGAUAUAGCAGCAUGAUCUCUUUAGCAUAUGACUUUAGUCACAUGCUAAAGAUUACUGCCAUAUAUGAGGACAAUUAUGAAAAAAACUUAUUUUCAGCUACCCAAGAGGUUUUUUAGUCUACAAAAGCAACAUAGGAUUGUAAUCUUCACAUCCAUGUCUGUUUCACCUGGCAUAUGUUUCAACAAUAUGCAUGUACCAUGAACCUGAAAUCUUAAUCAUGCUUAAAUCAAUACGCCUGCUGACAAAAAGUGAAUAAGCAGCUGAAAUAGGCAUAAGUUUGCUUAUUGCAGUUUGGAACAAUCUAGAGAAGCAAGAGUUAGCAUAUAUUUCAUUAAAAAGGCAGGUAGGAAUUUUGAUUUGGAGUGACUUUCUUAAAAUAAAGAACACACAAAGCUGUUUCAGGUUUUAUUUUUUAGAAUUUAUAAAAUUCCAGUGUCAUCCAUACUCAUGAGCCUUUAUACAUGUUUUGCAUAUAAUCUCCAAAUUCCAAAGUUAAGGCCAAGGGAUCAUUGCCAUGGAAACAUAAUAUGGAAGACAUUAAGAGGACAUGGAGCACAUCUCCACAGAUCAACUGCUGCACGCUACAUGGGACAGAAGAGUGAAGUAUUUUCAACAAUUUGAACAGACGGCAGCGUUAGAGCCAUGCUCAAUGGCAGUUAAGCCCAAAACACAUGUGCAAGUGAUGUGUGACAUUCAAACACCAGGUCCCACUGGCAAGGCAUUAACACUUCUACCCUGUUUUAGACUCCUGCUCAGAUAGUGAUAGGGCUUCUCCUAUCCCAAGUGGAAUCAUCACAGAGAAACAAUAUCUCCCCUUUCACUUAGGUUCAUUUAAACUGAGAGGAUUUUCCUUUCUAUCGGGCUAAAAGCUAGAAGUUUGAUACACCAUCUCUCAGCAUAUAAUUUGGGACACAAAGGACUCCGGGGAAAAGAUACAAAUGGCUCAGAAAAGCUCUUCAGAAGAGAGCAGGAAAGACAGAGAGCAGAGUUGGCAACAGACCCAGCAUUGCCACCAGCACCUUCAGCAGAAAAGAGAAUUGUGGCUAGAAGAGCAGCUUUAAAA